GGCAGCAGAAGGCGGCAGAAAUGGAAGAAGGGACGGUCCGCAUCCAGGAAGUGGCGACAGGUGAAGACCCCACUAGCGUUGCUAUAGCCAGUAUCCAAUCAGCUGCCACCUUCUCUGAUCCCGCGGUGAAGUAUGUGUUCCGUGCAGACAGCGGAGGCACCCAGGUGAUGUACAGGGUCAUCCAGGUCGCGGAGGGGCAGUUGGACGGACAGACGGAAGGAGCCGGAGCCAUUAGCGGGGUUCCCAGCGGCACAAUCUAUGACUCAGGCGGUCAUCCAAGGUGCGUUCACCAGUGAUGAGGCCGCAGACACCGACACCUCCACCACAGAGACGCAUUACACCUACUUCCCCACUACAGCGGUGGCCGACACCAGCACAACGGUGGGCACGGGAGCCACGGCAACCACAGUGGUGACAACGCAGAACAGCGAGGCUCUGCUGGGACAAGCAGCCUCCACAGGUCAGUUCUUUGUCAUGAUGUCUCCUCAGGAGGUUCUCCAGGGAGGUGCCCAGCGCUCCAUCGCCCCCCCAGGACCCAUCCCUACUCGCCGAAAUCGGAGGGUCCGCGCACCACGCGGGAUGAGAAGAGGAGAGCUCAGCACAAUGAAGUGGAACGUCGCCGGAGGGACAAGAUCAAUAACUGGAUCGUUCAGCUGUCCAAGAUCAUCCCAGAUUGUUCCAUGGAGAACACCAAGUCCGGGGCAGAGUAAAGGCGGUAUCCUUUCCAAAGCAUGCGAUUAUAUCCAGGAGCUGCGACAGGGUAACAUGCGUCUGGCUGAGGAGCUGCAGAGCUUGGAGCAGCUGCAGGUGGAUAAUGAACUCCUACGACAGCAAGUGGAGGAUCUGAAGAACAAGAACCACAUUCUUCGGGCUCAGCUCCGGCAUCACGGGGUGGAAAUCAUCAUCAAGAACGACACGCGCUGA